AAAACCGCCGGCGCCGAGCGUGCGGCGUCAGUCUCUGGGAGGCAUCGGGCGCGCGCGGACGCCUCUGUACACACGCACUGUCGACACGAAUAUUCCACAGCAUCCGACCUAUCUGACACAGCUGUUCGGGACUAUAGGGAUUACUCUAGGGAUACAUUUGUGAUCUGAAGUGAAUGUCGCUGUCCGCGAUGCGGUCGGCGGGUGCGCUGCUGCUCUUGCUCGCGGCGCUGGGCGCGCAGGCGCGCUACCACGGGCGCGAGAUCGGCGCGCUGUCGCAGCUGCACCACGGCGUGCGCGGCACGGUGUUCGCCGUCGACGCGCGCACGCUCUUCAUACACGACUUCCACUACGACGGCGUUGGCCCAGCGGCGUUCUUCUACGUGGGCACGUCCAAGACGCCCAACGCUGUGGGUGCGACGCGACUGCGCGACGAGCGCGGCGGCACCAGCCCGCUGCGGCGCUACCGUGGCGAGGGCGUUACGAUCUCGCUGCCCGACGGCGUCACGCUGCGCGACGUCAAGUGGUUCUCUGUCUGGUGCGACGAGUAUGCGGUGAACUUCGGCGACGUGUCAAUCCCCCGCGACCUGGAGUACCCCAAACCAGCCAAGGUGGGCGCGCUGCGCGGCGUGCAUGGCGUGUCAUCGGACGCGGUGGUCGUGGUCGACGCGCAGACGCUGCUCAUACCCAACUUCUCUUAUGAUGGAGAGGCGCCUGAUGCCAAGUUCUGGGUUGGCCGCGGCGAGACCCCGUCCCCGCAAGGCAUCCGUAUCCCCGACGAGAACGGGAAGGAAGCUCCUCUUAGGAAGUACGACAAGAAAACUAUCGUUCUGACUCUGCCCGGUGAGCUGACGGUGUUUGACAUCGGGCACUUCGCGGUGUGGUGCGAGGCAUUCACGGUGAACUUCGGUCACGUGGUGUUACCGCGCGCGGCGCUUGCCAACGUGCCGCCCAGCCUCAAGAUGCUCGGGGUGUCUCCACAGUCGAAGCUGAACUGCGAGGUGUUGCACGACGAGCUGGCGUUCGAGGUGCGCUGGGCGGUGGCCGGCGACAGCAUCGUGCUGCAGCUCGUCGCUAAACUCGAGGACGGCGAGUACAUGUCCUUCGGUAUAUCUGGUGACCCGGCGCACUCGCAGAUGGUGGGCAGCGACGUGGCGGUAGCGUGGGUGGACAAGGACACGCUCAAGGGAUACGCCGUGGACUACUACCUGGAUGCUAAGAGCCAGUGCGCAGGAGUUAGAGGAUCCUGUCCUGAUGAGAGGCUUGGGGAGAAGACCAACUCAGUGCGUCUGCUGAACGCGGCGCUGGUGAACGGCUACUCCAUCGUGACGUACCAGCGCGCGCUGCGGGCGGCCGACGAGCUGGACCGCGCCGUGCUCACCAACGCCUCGCAGCCUAUUGUCUGGGCGCUUGGGCCGCUCAACUCGCGCAACGAGGUGUCUUACCACCACCACUUCACAAAGGGCGACAAGUUCAUCGAGUUCGGUCGUCCGCCCGUGUGGAACUGCCCCAUGCCCGAGGGCGAGGAGGAGCACGCGCCGGAACAGCCACGUCAAGAGGUGCAGCAUCAUAGCAGACCUGUCCAGGAGAACACAGCAGUAAUCAAGCCGAACCCAGUGCCGACGCCGAAGCCGGUGGCCAAGGCGGUGCCCUGGGAGAUCCCCGCCAUCCAGUGCUACGAGCCUCCAGAUGGCGUGUUCUACGCGCAGAUGGGACCUACUGGCGGCAAGCAAGGAUACUCGGCCAUCACUGGCCACGUGGGCUGGGGCAUCUCGUGGUACAUUAACGGGCUGCUGAUCCCGGAGAUCAACGUGGUCCGCGGCCGCAAGUACACCUUCGUGGUGGAGGGCGGCCACGACGCCUCCGUGCCCGCGCGCUACCAUCCCUUCUACAUCACCAAUGAUCCCGUCGGAGGAUACUUCCAUAAGAACGACCAGGAGAAGAAGGGCAUAGAAAUCUACGCCGGCGUCCGGCGCUCCCGGGCAGGCGAGCUGAUUCCUACCGGCGUGGGCCGCCUGUGCAACUGGACGCCCGACAACAACGGGCCGGAGGCCGACGAGUAUCCCAGCUUCGGCGCCUACCAGCGCUCCCUCACGCUCGUCUGCGAGGAGGGCAACCCUGGCGUCGUCACCUGGAUCCCUGAUAGGAACACUCCCGACACCGUCUACUACCAGUGUUUCACUCACCGACACCUCGGCUGGAAGAUAAACGUGCACGACGAGUGCGACGAGUCGGAGGCCGAGGAGAGUCGCGUGGAGGAGCGCGUGGCGGCGCCCGACGACCUGCGCGGCGAGGAGUCCAUUCAGGUACGCAGCCGCCUCCCGCCCGACCAAAACUUUCUAGAUCGUCGCCAGAAAGUGGAGAAAAUAAUCGAAGCGAAACCGAAUUAUGACGAUUUCAGUAGGUCGAAGGGCGACGGUGGCCGCCAGGGAGACGCGCCGCCGCGGCAGGAGUUUGAGUUGCCCGUGUCCCAAGUGCAGAUCAAGGAGGUCAUCCGAGCCGUCGAGGGCAUCGAGAGCGAGAUGCGCGACGAGAUGCGCCGCAACCAGACCAGGACCCCCACGCAGUACCGCGUCCACGAGGACGUCAACGAGGCCUUCUUACCCGAGCGCCCCGUGAGAGAGGGAGACGAGUACGUGGUGGGCCGGACGCCCGAAACCUUCUUCUUGCCGCCCAACCAGCAGCCGCUCACGUUGCAGUCUGUCAUGCGCCCCAACCAGAUGAACAAGCCUGGAGGUCAACGACCACCGUUCAGACGACCGGUGCCCCCAGAAAUCAAACUUCGUCGACCUCCACCUGGCUUCCCUAAAGGGAACAACUACCCGCUGCAGAUGCCUGGCCCCCACAACCCCAAUGGUAUGCACAAGAAAGUGCCGCCCAAACACCGCGGACCUAUGAACCAAGGCCGGCCGAUGCCUCCAGGAGUUCCGCCCAUGAAAGUUAUGCCGCCCCUAUCGCAUCCCAAGCCAUCGUUUGGUCACAAUUCUCAAAAGCAUGGGCCUAAAAUACCGGAUGGGCCAGUGCAGUCUAUUGUUGUUGGAAAACCAGGCUUAACAGGCGUCGCGCACCCACAGAAUUUCAAUCUGCAAGCCCCGACGUUGAAUCUGGGACAGCCGGAUAUCAUCAUGAACCAAGUCGUGAGAAGUCAAAUUACUUUACCGGGUGCAGGCGAUACCACCCCGCAACACAGUUCACCACCACAGACAUUUGUGAGCAAACCGGGACAGAUAAUUUUGGGUAAGCCAAUGGAUAACCCUGUUCCAUUAGAUCAGCAAAUGACUCACACUAAGCAUCACAAUAUCCAUACACAGACUAAGCCAAAACCAGUUAAGGAAUCUCAUCCCCAAAAUAACCAUAAUCAACAUAAACAUAAUCAGUUUGAGAAUGACAGAGAGCAGGCGCAAAAUGAAAUCAAGUCUUCAGACUUUAUGGGAGAAUCAGUCGAAAAUUCCACGUAUCAGCCAGCUGUCAACACUGGAUUUAAGCCAGAUUCUAUUGUAAUUGAAAGUGGGUUCAAGCCGAUAAUCAGAGAGCCACUGAUGGCAGGUGAAGAUCGUAUAACUGAUGACGGAGAAGGCAAUGCAAACAGGCGAGAGGACACGGAUGUUGAGGAAGAUUACGAAGAAGCUCCACAGUACAUCAAUCACGCUUAUCCAAGUGACAAAAUUACAGAAUCUUUCGAACCCAUGUUCAUACCCUCACCUGAAGACCAUCUUUUGUCAGCAGAUGAUAAGACUAAAGAGAUUUUCCCUAGCAACCACGCGAAGGAAGACAGGCCACACCCCGUCUACGUGAGAACGGAGAGUGAACUGAAUGCGUUGUUUAGUAAAAAGAAUAUGGACAAAGAGGUGACAUCAGACAUGGUUAUGGAAUCGAAUAAAGUCAGCCCACAAUACUUGCCACCUGACCCAAAACUGCCUAAAGAACAGUCACAGAGACUUUCAAUGACUGAAGGGAUGACUUUUACAUCGUACGACGGCAAGUUAGUAUCUGCCGCUACUCUGACCACCAUACCCAAUGCAAGACCUAGCACUAAAAAUAUUUUUUCGUCUAAAUUACCAACAAGUUCAGAACAACUCCUAAAAACGCCUCAAUUUGGACCUUUCAAAGGUGAGAUACCAGCAAUAGUAGGAACUCCUAUUAGUACAGAAAUGGCUAAAGAACUCACACCGGCGUUACCUGAUACAAGAACUACACGUCUCAAACUAGUUAAUUCAUUCCACAAAGAUGACGAGUCUAUAACGGACGAUUUGAAACCAGAAGCUAGUGAAAAAGAUGAAGUUAAGAUAGAUCCUAAAGAAGAUGAAGAAGAUGAAAAAUCUGACGACGAUGAAGAAGAUGACGAAGAAGAAUACGAGGAAGAGGUGGAUGACGAGCCCGCGAUCAGAAACAAAAGAGAGUCGAAAACAGCCCAGUUCGAGAGGGGGGAAAUAGAGGAACAAAUCCCUCCCAAGUCGUCAAGUUCUGUCGACAGCCAAAUGGAUUUCGAAUGGCCUCGAGCGACCGCGUCCUCAAGCAGAUUAUCAGUGCAUUGGAAAUUUUAUCCAGUAUUACUCAUUCUAAAAGCAUUCUUCUGACUUAAUGUUUAGUAACUUAUUUAUUGUAACUGUAAGCCUUGCCAUUAAUGCAUUUCGUGUAACUCGACUCUCGGGGUAAGGUGACUGCGUUGGAACUGUCGGCCGUCGGUGUCUUCUUGGUUGUACUAACAUCCGUUACCACUUCACACGCAUAAUGCAAUUCAAUACUCCGUUAGAUUAGGGACUUUGUAAAUAUUUUUUUUAUUGUAAUAAUAAAUUAGUGUUUUAUU